AUGCGAGAGCUAACAGCCCAAGUAACGAGCAGUCUGCUGCAGUUUCCAGAGGUGACUGUUCAGGCACUUGGUGAAGAUGAGAUAACCCUAGAUUCUGUGCUGUGUGGGAAGUUUUCUGGAGGGAGAAAUGGCCUAGCGUGGCUGGCGUGUGGUCCUCAACUCGAGGUGGUGAACUCAGUGACAGGAGAGCGGCUCUCUGCGUACCGUUUCAGUGGACUAAAUGAACAGCAUCCCACUGUUCGUGUGGUAAAGGAGUUUUCCUGGCAGAAGAGAACUGGACUGCUGGUUGGAUUGGAAGAAGCAGAAGGAAGUGUUCUCUGUCUAUAUGACCUUGGAAUAUCACGAGUGGUUAAAGCAGUUGUUCUUCCGGGACGGGUAACUGCUAUAGAACCCAUAACUAGUUAUGGAGGAGCUACUGUGAGCACUCGGCACCUACAUCAGAGUCUGCGAUGGCUCUUUGGAGUGGCGGCAGUGGCUACAGAUGUUGGUCUUCUGCUUCUGGUUGACCUUUGUUUGGAUGAUUUAUCUUGCUGUCAGAAUGAAAUCGAAGCAUCAGAUCUGGAAGUUGUCACUAGAAUUCCNGCUGAAGUUCCUCAAAGAAGAGAAACUGUGACCAGAGAAGGGAGACAUCUUUGUUUUCAAUUACAAAGUCCUUCAGGAACAGCAAUAUCAACCCUGAGCUACAUAAGCAGAAGCAAUCAGCUUGUUGUAGGUUGUUCAGAUGGCUACCUGUCACUAUGGAAUAUGAAAACUUUGAAGAGGGAACAUCACUCUCAGCUAGAAGGAGGAAGAAUUCCUGUUUAUGCUGUGACUUUUCAAGAGCCUGAGAAUGAUCCUCGCAAUUGUUGCUACUUGUGGGCUGUUCAGUCUACACAAGAAAGUGAAGGUGAUGUUGUGAGUUUACAUCUGUUGCAGUUAGCAUUUGGUGACAGAAAACGUUUGGCAUCAGGACAGGUCCUGUAUGAGGGUUUGGAAUACUGUGACGAAAGGUACAGUUUAGAUCUCACGAGUGGAAUCUUUCCCUUGAGAGGACAGACGAGAAAUACCAAAUUACUUAGCUGUCAGACUGUAGAAAAAUUCCGCAACCAUGUUGACAGAGAAGACAGCCUAAAUGAAGUGGUAUCUCCUGAAACCAGUGUGUCAGUCUUCAGUUGGCAAGUGAAUACAUAUGGUCAGGGAAAACCAUCUACUUAUUUGGGUGUAUUUGACAUUAAUCGCUGGUAUCAUGCUCAAAUGCCAGAUUCACUCAGGCCUGAAGAAUUCCUUCAUGAUUGCUCCUAUUUUGCAUUGUGGUCACUGGAUACUGUAAUAAGCAUGACUUCUCCAAAUCUCAUUUUGGACAUUCUGGUACAUGAGCGGAGUCUAAGUCGGGGAGUUCCUCCUUCUUAUCCCCCACCUGAGCAGUUUUUUAAUCCAAGCACCUAUAAUUUUGAUGGUACGUGCUUGCUGAACUCUGGAGUUGUUCAUAUGACGUGCAACGGCUUCCAGAAGGAGACCUUGAAUUUUUUGAAGAAAUCUGGUCCUUCAAUACGUGAAGCCAUUCAUGAUAGCUACAAUAGGUGUCUUGUAGCUGGCUUGCUGUCUCCAAGACUACUUGAUGUCCAGGCAUCCAGUUUGAGUCAGGAGGAGCAGUUAGAAGCAAUAUUGUCAGCUGCUGUCCGGACAGGUUCUUUAGAACUUCUGACUGGAUUCAUCAAACACUGGAUAUCUGAAGAGCAGCCAAGUUCUGCUGCUAAUCUACGGUUUGUUCUGGAGUGGACGUGGAACAAAGUGAUCUGUACAAAAGAUGAAUUUGACCAGAUAUGUGUUGCGCUGUUCGAUGGCUCUUGCAACUUCAUUGAUCCACAGACAUUACAGUCUCUUCAGCACUGCCAGUUGCUUUUGAGCAACCUCAGCACAGUCUUAAACUGUUUUCUAGCAGAAGCACAAGAGCUUACUGAAAGAGGUUUUACAAACUUGAUGAACAAGCAGGUGGUAACUGGCCUAAUUUCUUUGUAUGCACAAGUGGUCAUUUGGUUCUGUCGCUCCAGUCUCCUUCCAGAGGGUUUAGACGACAGCAUACAUUUGUCUAGACCGUUCUACAAUUUUCCUCUGAUUCAGGGCUACUAUACUAGUCAUCGAAAGAAACUUGAGCAUUUAUCAAGAGGAAAAUGGGAUUCUGACUGCUUGAUGAUUGAUGGAAUGGUUUCCCAGUUAGGAGAUCAAGUGGAGAAGUUGUGGCAGAGAGAUGAAGGAGGAACUGGAAAAUACCCACCUGCUAGUUUACAUGCACUGCUGGAUCUCUAUUUGCUAGAAAGCAUUGAAGAAAGCUACAAACAUUCAAUUACAAUUUACUUGCUGCUGGAUAUCAUGCAUUCCGUUCCAAAUAAAACAGAAACUUCAAUUGACUCCUUCCCAACUGCCUUUUCUAUCCCCUGGGGUCUUGUUAAGCUAAUUCAAGGUUUUUGGCUUCUAGAUCACAAUGAUUAUGAAAAUGCACUGGCCCUGCUCUUUCAUCCAGCUACAGUCAAGACUGUGUCAUGGCAACACACCAGAAUUAUUCAAUCCCUUAUGUGCCAAGGAGAGCAUAGACGAGCCCUCAGAUACAUACAGAUGAUGAAGCCAUCAAUGUCAAGCAGUAGUGAAGUGCAGCUUUUCCUCACUGUGUUGUUGUCCAACAGGUGCAUGGUGGAGGCUUGGGGUCUGUUGCAUCAACACACCACUAAGUUAAAUGUAGAAGAGCUAUUAAAACACAUGUAUGAAACAUGUCAGGAGAUGGGCCUAAUGGAAGACUUACUGAAGCUGCCUUUCACAGCCACUGAACAAGAGAGUUUGGAGAAGUUUUUACAGACCAGUGCUGGUGUUCAGAAUCAUGAAUUUCUUUUAGUCCACUAUCUGCAACGUGCCAAUUAUAUCCCAGCAUUACAGUUGAAUCAGUCCAUGAAGGUUAAUCUUAUGAACAAUUGUGAUCCUCGCUUUAAAGAGCGAGCAGUUGCCAGAAACUCUAUAUUAGACCACUAUGGCAAGAUCCUCCCUAGGGUUCAAAGGAAGCUGGCUGCAGAGAGAGCCAAGCCUUACCAUUUGCCUUCGUCAGUCUUCAGAGAAGUCACAAGACCAAAGCCAUUAUCAACAGUAACAAAACAAGCUAAUGCUGGAAAUGUGAAUACAAGAGCAACUUUCAUCAGUAAUGUAUUGUCCAAAAUCGGAGAAGUAUGGGUAGGAAAUGAGCAGAAAACCAGUUUCUCACGACAUGAUAGCCCUAGAACUGCAGAGGCACCAGUUAUAAGGCAUCCUCUCCCUGAUGCAGAGUUGUGUGAUGCAUUUGUUGGGACACCAGUUACAAAAUUCUCACGGAAAUGUUCCAGAUUGCUGGAUUUGGUGGUUCGUCCUGUUCCUUCAUGUUCUGUGCAGGAUAAUGGCUGGCAGUCACCAUGCAGAGCUUCUACUUCAUUCAUGGCAUCCAGCCCACUAAAAUCAUAUAUGCAUGGUUCCAUGUCACAAAAGAAUUUUUCAGGAGCAUCAGAGUUGAAUUUACUAGAAACUCCUCUAGUGGUUAAGAGGGCUAAAGUUUUGGCCACAUCUGCUGGUUUUCCUGAGUUUACUCCUCAGUCUAUUCUCAGAUCCAGCCUUCGCACCACACCCCUGGCAACUCCCUCUGCAUCUCCAGGCCGAUCAGUUACUCCUCCUCUACGAGCAAAGGAACCUAGAAUAUCUUUCAGAGAAGAGAACUCACAUGCAAAAUGUACUGCUGGGGUAACAGAAGAUGAUAAAGCACUAUGCGGAGCUUCAUCUGAGCAUCAUCAUGGAGUGGUGGAGGGUGCUUGGUUUGAAAGUAGAGAUAAAACAGCUCUUUUUACUCUGAGAAAUCCUGAGGAUGAUCGUGCUGAAAUGGAAGAGUCUGCAGAAAGCAUACCUGGAGAUGGCUUGGAGAAAAUUGAUGUCAGCAAUGAAAACAGUAACUUCUCUGCUAGGUCAGACCAAACUACGUUGGAGUAUCAUGAUGCAAAAUCACCUGGCGAUUUUGAAGAUGAUGUCAUCUUUAUAGCUGCUAAACCAGCUAAUUCUUCUACUGAAGACGCUGCCAAUUUUCAAGAAUCGGAGAAGGAAGAAGUCCGUGAAAUGUCUGAAGAUAAACCUUUCCAGUUCGAACAACCAGAUUCAUCAGAGCUAAGAGAAGCUGCUCGUGCAACCUUUUCCAAACCUAUUUCAGUUGGUCCUUGUCAUCCAUCUGUUUUUGUAGGAUUUGUGGAAGAAUCAAAUGUGGAAAGUCUUACCCUUCCUGAGGAUGGUAAAGUGGCAUUUAAAGCAGCAGAGCCUUCCAGAAUGUCUUCUUCAUCUGAAGAAAAAGCCAUACCAGUUGCAACAAAUCCACAACUUCCUGAAUCCCCGGGGGCAGAAAAUAAAUCUGUGGUAAGUCUCCUUGACAGUGAGGAUGUGGUCAGUACUCAUUCAGAAAACCGCCCUGAGGGGAAGUUUGUGGAUUUACCUAAAGAACAUAACCUAGAAGGAGCUGAAGUGGAAGAAAAUGUUGCUUUUCCGCAGGAAGAAAUAACUGUUUCCAGCAGUCUUCCUAAAACACAGGAAAGUAAUGUUACUGAAGAUAAUACGGUUAAGGCACAAACCUCAGAAGAAGCACCUGAAGCAUCACCAUAUAGUGAACUACAUACAUCAGGCAAUUUUCAAUACAGCUAUGAUACUAUAGAGCAACGGUUUGCAUGUGAUUUGCCUGAUAAUAGAGAUGGUGAAUGUGAUGCAGCUGAGGGAGAUGGAGAGCUUUUUAUAUCUCAGAGUAAUUUUACUCUAGUCUUGGAAGGAGAAGAAGGUGAAGCGGAGAUGGAAGACUCUACAGCAGUAGAUGCUUCUAAACUGGCUGGCACAACAACAGAGGAAAAGCCUCUGAACAACUUUGGAAAUACAGAAAACCAAGAACAUGUUACAAAUUCAGUGUGCACUGUAACUAGUGAUCAGGAAUCUCAAAAUAUUGCAGAGUCACUCCCGUAUGUGCCUGAACCCAUUAAGGUAGCUAUUGCUGAGAACUUACUGGAUGUAAUCAAAGACACAAGAAGUAAAGAAUUUACAUCUGAAGUCGUAGAACAGUCUAUUCAUGAAACCAUAGGUAAAAAAGUAACUAGAUUCCAGAAGGCAAGAACUCCCUUAACAACUGUGCCAGAAGAAGUGGAAGAUGAAACCAGUAGAUAUCAAGUAGAGCGUGUUGUCACUCCUAGAACACGCACAAGGGGACAACUGAGUAGAAAUCUAAGUAUUCCAUUGGCAGAUGAGGAGCAACUACUGAAGAAAGACAAACCAGUUCUGUUUGCACAGUCUCCUAGGAGAAGUACCAGGCGUACAAAAGACACAUCUGAGACUUCUAGUCUUCAAACAGCAGAAAAUGCUCAAGAUGAGCAAAUACCUGUGGUGCCUGUUACUCCAAGAAGAGGUAGGAAGCCUAAGCAGACUAAUUCAGAAAAAGUAGAAAGCAGCCAUUCUGAUGGACAAGCAUUGUCCAUCAGUAAGCAGUCCGUAGCAAAUACUCCAAGAAGAGGAUUAAGAAGAAUAAAGGAAUCUGUAUCAGAACUUCUGGAAGAGGCUAAUGAAGAAACUUCUCUUGCUGAAGGUAGCCUUACUGCUUCUGCUACUUCCAAAACGACUAGAGGAGGAAAAAGUUCAUCAGGAGGUCAAGAAACUGGCCAGGUUGACACUGAUCAUAAGCUAAAAACAGCAGUUAGUCCCAGCAGAAGUGCAAGAAAACUAAAAAAUACCAAUUUACAGGUCACUGAAAAUGUUGUCAAGGAUCAAGAGGUGCAGCCUAGCGACCAACUCCUUUCACUUACGCCAACUAGAAGAGGCAGAAGAAGAAAGAUUAGCUCAUCUGAAGUUUCAGAAAUAUCUGACCUUGAUCUGUCUAAAUCAUUGCCUCUUCAAACAGAAUUUAAACUUCCUGUCACUCCUAGAAGAAGUGCUAGGAAAGCAGCACAAAACCUCUUGGCAGACACAGGAUCUCUGUCUACUCAGGAAGACACACAUGCAGGUGAGAAAGUGGAAACCCUUGAUACUCCUAGGAGAAGAGGAAGAAGAGUUACACAUACUAAAUCAGAAACAACAGAUGCUCAUGAGCUAACACCUGCACAGCCAAAGGAGGAACCAACUACACCCAGGACUGCAGUAAGGACAGGGCGUCGGGGCAGAAAGAUACAACCAGUAUUGGAAGAUGACACAGGGCAGGAGGCAUUCCCACAAGGACCUGAUGGCAGCACUUUGCUGCUUGAAGACAUAAACCCAUCAGAACAUGAUGAAGCAUCCAAAACAGAUCGUGUUACAAGAACAAGAUCCCGCAAUACUGCCAUGCAUCAGAAAGUGUCUGUUGAGGAAAGUGAGGCCUUCCUUUUCUCUCCUCCUCUCAUGAAGCUGACAAAGAAAUUUAAAGCUGAAAAAGCAGACGAACCUGUGCAGCUCAAGGAUUUUGACCCAGACCUGUCUUCUCAGUUUGUUUUUUCACCCCCUCUUUUGAGAUCACGGAGAAAAAAUGUAUCUAGCAUUUCAGAAAUUGUGAAAGAACCAGUAAAAGAGGAUGCCAAAUCCAUAGAGUCUAUGGGGAAGCAAAAUUUGAAGAGAGGUAGACCUGCAAAAUCCAAGAAGAAGAAAGCAAGCAAAACCACAGGAAAGGAAGGUUCUUGGUCACCUCCACCAGUGGAAAUAAAAUUAAUCUCCCCUAUUGGAAGUCCAAUGGAUGGAACAAAAAGCAAACAGAAAGAAACGACAGACACAGCAGAGAAGACUCUGCGAAAGAACAAAAAAAGACUCUCUAAUUUUCCAAAGCCAGUUGUGCGCCGGAAGAUGCUGUAACUGUUUUUUAAGUUUAUAAUGUACACCACUGUUUGUAAAGUCAUCAAAAUUGUAUGGAUUAGUAAAAAGAAAAAAAAUCAUCUAAUUUGGAAGAGGUAAUUUAUAUAAAUUAUUGUAAAAUUUCAUAAACAAAUGGUCUUCAAUAAGUAACUCCAUAUGGAGUGUGAUUUCCUCAGUCAGUGCAGUUUUCUAUUUUAUAUUAAGACUUCAUACAUUUAUAUAAUAUGUAAAUACAGCUUAUUUUAGGAAUGUUAAAUAAAAAUGUAUACUUCACGAUA